AUGGACACUUCCAGUCAGGAACGCUCCCCUUCUCCAAACAAGGAAGAUGGGUUGGCGAGCGGAGAAAAGCGAAGUCCCAGCUUGCAAUCCACAAUCACCAUCUUGGCUCUCUUACGAGGAAUACGACCAUCUGCUGCUUUGCCCAGAAUAACUCAUGAGUUCCACAGCUUAAACGACGUGGGUUGGUAUGGUUCCGCGUUUUUCCUGACUAUGUGCGUUUUCCAGUCGUUCGGGGGAAAGCUCUACCGAUAUUGCGCCAUCAUACACACGUUUGUCGGCGCGAUUCUCAGUUUCGAGCUGGGCCCUCUCGGGUGCGGGGGUGUUCUGACUAAGAGCUCAGCGGUUUCCAAAACCAGUGCCGGCUUCGGUGGUGCCGGCGUGAUAUCAGGCACGUAUAUUUUUCUCGCCCAUAUUGUGCCUCCGGAGAAGGUCCCGAUCUUCUAUGGGUUGAAUGGAAUCAUUUUCACGGCCGCGAGCGUCGCUGGCCCCUUGAUCGGAGGAUCCUUCACCUCUAGCGUGACUUGGCGAUGGUGCUUCUAUAUCAAUCUUCCGCUAGGGGGCGUGGCCAUUGCCGCGCUUCUCCUGACUCUGCAUCUUCCUCGCAGCUCCCGCCCAACCACCAUUCCGGUAUGGGAGAUCGUCUCGAAACUCGAUCUUCCAGGCCGUAUGGUUAUCACCGGUGCUCUCAUCUGCGAUCUAUUAGCGCUGGAACAGGGUGGAAUAACGAGAGCCUGGCAUUCUGCGCAGCCUGUGGGCCUGCUGAUCGGCUGGGUUACCCUGACCCUGCUCUUCGGGGUAGUCGAGUGGUUCCAGGGUGAAGAGGCGGUAGUGGCAUCGCGAUAUCUCCGCAACCGGGGUGUAUUGAUCAGUUGCGUCUUUGUUUUCUUCGGGAUUCUGCUUCUGGCCUAUAAUGUCCCCACGUCCAUCUUCACUAUGCUUGCGGGCGGGAUCCUGAACAAAGUCGGACACUACCAGCCCUUACUACUGAUAGGGGCAUGCCUAGUCACCAUCGGCUCCGGACUAAUUUACACACUUAACCUGACCAGCUCAUCUGCAAAGAUCAUCGGAUAUCAGAUCCUGGCGGGCGCGGGCGACGGGAUCUGCGUGCAGGUGCUCGUGACGGCCGUGCAGGCCUCCGUGGACCAGGAGGAUCUUCCAACCGUGACGGCUUUGGUGCUGUUCUUCCAACUAGGCAGCGGGCUGGUCGGCCUCGCAGCAGGUGAAAGCAUUUUCGGGAACCGCGUCAUCCAGAGUCUGCCGCAAUAUGCGCCUGGGGUCUCAGCCCACAAGGUCCUAGAGGCAGGGGCUUCCAAGCUGGCGAGCAUGUUCGGGGAAACUGGCGUGCAGGGGGUGCGUCGAGCGUAUUCGGUGGGGAUCCAUGGGGCGUGGAUACUGACGCUGGCCCUCUGUGGGGCGGCCGCGGUUCUGGUCAGUGUGCUGGCGCCGCCGAUCUCGAUGCUCGGGAAGACGGGGGUGCGCACUGGCGCGGCGGAGGAUGAACAUGAUAUGGAUGAACCGGUCAAUGACAGGGGCGAUGGUGUUGAGAAAGAGGUAGAGGUAGUCUCCACUAAGGUGUGA